AUGUCGUCCUCUGGGCCUCGUUCUGGCGAGCGCGUGAUUCACCAGGACUUCAUCGCUCGCAUUCGCUAUUCCAAUGCCCUCCCGGCCCCGCCGAACCCUCCCAAGCUUCUCGACAUCCCAAACACAGGCCUCUCCAGCGGCCAAUAUACGACACCAGGAUUCGCCUCGAGGCUGGCGCGGGAGCAGCCGCUCAACAUUGAGGCCGACGCCGAGCUGGGGAUGCCGCUAGACUUGGUGGGCAUGCCUGGCGUUUUCGAUGGCGACGAGAGUUCUAUUCAAGCACCCGCACAUCCACCGCCGGUGCACCCUCACGACAAGCCUCUGCUUAGACCCAUUGCUGCGCUCGGCAAACCCAAGGUUGCCGAAGCCAAUGUGUCUUUCCUCCGACGCACUGAAUAUAUCUCCUCGCUUGCGACGAAACGAUUCGAGGGCAACAGUCCCCGCGCGCUCCUGAUGAAGGCCAAGCGGCCUGUUCCGCGCCAAGCCGAGGCCGCCGCCAACGCGCCGCAGACCAUCAAGCGCAAGAUUGAGCGCUCAUUUGACGUGGCCGAAGAGGAGCUGAAGGAUCCCAAGCGCAUCAGGCACCCGACCAAGAAGCACCUCAAGGCUGUUGAGGUCACACCGCUACUGCCGGACCUGGACGCGUUCCCGGACUCGGGCGCCUACGUGACCAUCAAGUUCCUCACGAACCCCAUGGCCGGCGGCGGCGGUGGGUCCGGCAGCAAGUUCGACGCGCGCCUGCUCAGUAGUCUCUUCCGGCCCAUCGACAAGACGGAGAAUGAGGAGCGCUCGUACGAGGCAGCGCUGGCCGCGCACGAGGCCGACCCCGUCGGCAACCCCAAGCCGCAAAACCUGAUGAACUACGACUUUUAUCUCGGCGAUGGGCCCGCCGUCGGCCGCAACUUUCGCCGCAAGUUUGACGUUGACGACCCGGAGCACGGCGACGACGCGCUGUACACGGAGCGCGCGGCUGGCGCCGGCUGCUUCCAGUUCAACCGCGUGCGCGCGUACGAAACGGCGCAGGAGAUUGAGCUCGAUCACGCGACCAAGUACCAGGACGAGGUGCUGCUCGCGUUCAACGACGAUGAGGCGUACCCGCGCCAGCGCGCCGUCUACUACUAUCCCGUCAUGCAGAAGUCCACCGUCCGCCCGCAGCGCACCAAGAAUAUUGCUCGCACCGCCGGCAUCUACGAGGAGGAGCAGAUCGUCGACCAGUUGGAUAUAACGGUCGACGACCCCACAGAGGAGAUGCGUGACGCCAUGCGGCGCUACCGCCAGCAGCCCCUCGGCUGGGAGCAGGAAGAGGAGGGGGAGGAAGAGCAGCAGCAGGAGGAGGUGCUGGCGGAGCAGCCAGAGGAGGAUGGCGAUGCGGAGGAUACCAACGCAAGACAUCGUUCGCCAUUGGAGGCUGAGGGUGACGAGGAUGAAGAUUGA